AUGGAGAAAUCCACUGACAAGCUGAACGAUGAAAACAGACCAACAGCUCCUGGAGUACCACAGGCUGGAAAGGACAGUCCUGCGCCCGCUGCGGAAGGUGUUGCAGAAAUGGGGAGCACAGGAGCUCGAACAGAAAAUGCUGCAGAUAUAAAGAAACUGGAAUUCACUGAAGAAUGUAUUAAAGAACUGGAGAGCCCUUCAAGCAGAGAGGGAGACAGUCCUGACACCUUUAAACCAGCGAUUUCGGAAAGAGACUGUCCAAACUCAAAGCCUCUUGUUAUGCCAAUGAACAAAAACUCUUCAGAAGUAUGCAGCUCUGAAAUGAACCUCCAGUGUUCAGCCACAACAUCUAUCGAUAUGGACUGCCUCGUCUGCUUCAACAAGUACAACAUCUACAGAGUCCCAAAGCUCCUGGACUGCCAGCACGCCUUCUGCGCAGUCUGCCUCAAGCUUAUCCUCAGGAAAGAAGAGAGUAGCUGGAUAAUCACCUGCCCCCUGUGCAGAAAAGCCACUUUUGUGUCAGGAGGUCUCAUCCGCACACUUCCAAAUAAAGAAGACAUCAUGGAGCACUUGGAAAACCCUGAUUCAAAUCCUGAGGUACACAUCCCUGCCAUAGGGCUGGACAGCAAUAGCUGGACUCAGAGCAGCCAAGACACUUUACACAGAGACGAAAAUGUUCCGGCAGACAACAGACUGGCUGUCCAGAGACUUGUGCUGCUCCUGCUGCUUGUGGUGAUUCUCACUAUCCUCAUCCUCCCAUUUACAUCCUCUGGGCUGAUCAAAUGGGUCGUUUGUCUCGUGCUUACUUUGGGGGUGGUCAUGUCUAUGGUGCUUUGCUGCACUCCUAAAUUCUACUGGAGGUGUAACAGGGACUCGCUCACCUCCUGCCACAAGGUAACCCACAUCGCUGCUAUUGCCUGA